UACUCCAAAGUUGUAGUCCAAAGUAGUCUACAGUGGUCUAUUGCUGUGAAGAUGCAAGACAUGAGCAGCUAGAGAUAGAACCUCUUCUCUCUUCAUGCUGAGACUGGGCAGGAGGAAGCUGAUAGUGUAAGGGGAGAGCAUCCAUGUAAGUUGCUAUUUAUAUAUCUAUUGUGAUAUAAGAAGCUUUUAUUUAAAUCAUUUCUUGUGAAGUUUGAUGAAUAUGUUGUGCUUAUCACCUAUUUAAUUUUUAUCAGAAUUUUUAUUACUAAUAAAAGAUUUCUAGAUUCUUAAAYAGUUGUAGUAAUAGUCUUUCUAUUUGAAUUUCAUGCAGGUAAUUCUGUACAGGUGACUCAGUCUUUCAUUUCUUCUUAUCUUAAAGAGCCUACUGCACUUGAGACUGCCAAAAGGACAAAGCCAAAAGGCUACUCUCCAAUUAUAUUGUUGUGCUGAUACAUGCACCUCYACCUUGGUCCUGAAGCUCACAAUCAGACCCUGUGACUGAAUCAGAACAUGUAAGAAUCAUGACUGAAACUGCUGUUUGUGUUGGAUCAUUCUCCGCUGUGAAGACACUUUGGGAAGUAAGAAUACAGAAAAUAAAUGAUGAAUUACGUAAAGAAAAGGAAUUCAGAGAGAGGUCUGCAGGAAGACUAAUGCUUGUCUGGGAAGAGAGAGCCACUUUCGAAAAGCUUAAAGAAAAAGUUAUUAAUGAAGAUGGGAGAGCAAUUUUAAGGAUAGAGGAAGAAGAAUGGAAGACACUACCCUCAUGCCUACUGAAACUAAUCCAUCUCCAAGAAUGGCAACUCCACAGAAAUAGCUUACAGAAAAUACCUCAGUUCGUUGGAAGAUUUCACAAUCUUGUUGUUCUAGAUCUCUCGCGGAAUUCAAUUGAAAGUAUACCUAAAGAAAUUGGCCAGCUGACUAGCCUCCAAGAGCUGCUUCUCAGUUACAAUAGAAUUAAGUCUGUUCCUAAGGAAAUAAGUAACUGCAUCAGUCUGGAAAGAUUGGAACUGGCUGUUAACAGGAAUAUCUGUGAUCUUCCUCCUCAGCUCAGUGAUUUGAAAAAACUUUCACAUGUAGACUUGUGCAUGAAUCAGUUUACUACCAUGCCCUCAGCUCUUCUCAAUAUGCCGUGUCUAGAAUGGUUAGAUAUGGGGGGAAAUAAACUCCAGGAGCUUCCUGACACAGUUGACAGAAUGGAAAAUCUCCAUACGUUAUGGCUCCAAAGGAAUGAGAUAAACUCUUUGCCAGAAACCAUUGCUAAUAUGAAAAAACUGAGUACGCUUGUUCUCAGCAGCAACAGACUUAAGGAUAUUCCUGCUUGUAUGAAGCAUAUGACAAAUCUGAGAUUUGUCAACUUCAGAGACAACCCACUGGAGCUGGAGGUAACACUUCCCCCAUGUGAAGAMACAGAAGAGGAGGAACGGGAAAUGUUUGGCAUUGAAUUCAUGCACUUGUAUAUUCAGGAGUCACUCAAGAAAGCAGAAAAUGUGGAAAGUUACACUUCUGAUCCUUCUUCUUAUCGUGAAUGCUAAUGAAUAAAGAAUGUG